UGAAAACACGGCAUUCCUCAUCAACUUUUCUCUUUUUGGCGUCUCGGGUGUAAACCGUGCAUCACUUGUCGCUGCAUGUGCACCUUCACUCGCAGGUUACACACGGACACACGCCCAUAAAUAAUACUUUUCAAAAUAAAAGCAGCACAGUUGUAUUGCGCGCAGGACAUAGAUGUUUUUUCAACUUUAUUUUGUAAUUGCAGUUCACAUUCACUCACAAUCACGCAUACGUCCACACGGAAGUAAUACAAAUAACGAUUUUCAAAACAAAAGCAGCACCGUUGUAUUGCACACUCGACAUAGAUACUUUUUAAAAUUUAUUUUGUAAUUUAUAAUUGGCCUCACGCGGGCCGGACAGGGACGCACAAAGGGCCGGAUGCGGCCCGCGGGCCGCAGAAUGCCCAGGUCUGGUGUAUGUUAAAGGUCCCUUGUUAUGCAUAAUGUCCGAGAGCGUGCAUACAACAGGAGUACGCUGCUUUUUCAAGGAUCUACCGCAAAAAAGUUAGUCAAAGAUCCUGGAUACGACAGGCGCGUUCUGCUCUUUUGAAGAAACUACUGCAAAAAAGCUAGUCAAAGAGCCUUGAUAUGAAAGGAGUGCUCUGCUUUUUCAAUGACAUACUGCAAAUAAGCUAGUCAAAAUCCCCUAUAUGACAGGAGCGGUCUGCCUUUUUGAAGGAACUAUUGCAAAAAUGGUAGUCAAAGAUCCUCGAUAUGACAGGAGUUAUAUGCUUUUUCAAGGAGGGUAAUAAGUUUAUUUUUGGUCGUUGUGUAUUUUCUGACGUACAUUUGCCAGCGGGAGCGUGUUAGAGAGCCGCUGGUCACUAAACACUGCAUGAAUGGAGCUGCGGAAUGCAUCACAAAUGGCCGCAAAAUUGCCCCAAAAUGAUUAUUAUACAUACUACUUCGAAGAAAUAAAAGCAUGUUUUAUUGUAAGUUUAUGAGCGGGAGCAUAUUUAGAACUAUACUGAAACGUAUUGUUUUGGUUUAUUUCGUCAGGAAAACUAACGGCAGAAUGACUGCAAUUGAAUGCUUCCGGGCACAGCUGCAGACGUCCUUGGUGUCCAACAUGGGGCCUCUUGUUUAGUUGUCCAUACGCUCUCUAUUUCUUGGAUUUACAUGACAUCACGUCCGGCUCAUUGAAUAUGCGUGGUGGUCAAGCCAGCGUCUGUUCCCUAUGGGUACUAGGCGCCAUUUAGCCUUUUUUUGAAGAAAAAUGCCCAAUGCUCGUGUUGUUUUCGGCUGUACAAGCCGUUCAAAUUGCGAAAAUGAUAAACAAUUCUUCAGAGUUCAUCGAGAGGUAAUCCAGGAGGGCGGAAGAGUGCAAGAUUUUAGGUAAACGUGUCACGGCGCGGGCUCGAACCCGCUUUUCUCCUGCAGCUGGGUCUGCCAGCACCUCCGUUGGCAGCACGCCAAGACACGCCCCUGCUUGAUCGUCCACGCGGCGGCGAAGCUGCAGGCAAUCGCUCAUCAGCGCACCUGGGAUUAAUGAGAGGGAACGGCAUAAAGACAAGCGGACACGAGGAACCUUUGCCGGAACUUAGUUUCACUCUCGCAUUUAGUCCCCGUCUUCCGUGAUCAAGUUGUACAUCUCGACUUCCAUCUGGAUUCCUGACUGCCUUCCCCGAUCCUCGACCACUGCUUGGACACGGACAUCGUUGCUUCUCUCCUGCCCCCGACCGCUCGCCUUCCCACGGACUGCCUUUUCGCCUUGCCCCCUUGGUUCCACGAAAGAUACGUCUAACACGCACAGACAACAAAGCUUGUAUAAAACAGCAGGGCAUCUCUUUGUUCGACGCUGGUCAACGCGCCAUCUUUAAUAUCAACACUGACGCCAGAAGCACCACCUUGUUUGGCCUCCCGCAUCUGUCCUGAUGAUGACAUCUGCACUGCUCAAGAGGACAAGAAAGACAGGAGACAGACAAUGAGUGAUGAAACAGCCACUAAAGACUUCCUCUUUAAGUUCUUGGUGAUUGGCAGCGCCGGGACGGGGAAAUCCUGCCUCCUCCAUCAAUUCAUUGAGAACAAAUUCAAACAGGACUCCAACCACACCAUCGGAGUAGAGUUUGGUUCCAGAGUGGUCAAUGUCUCUGGGAAGACGGUCAAGCUGCAGAUUUGGGACACUGCUGGGCAGGAGCGGUUCCGUUCUGUGACACGCAGCUACUACCGCGGAGCAGCAGGAGCGCUUUUGGUGUACGAUAUAACCAGCCGAGAGACGUACAACGCGCUGACCAACUGGCUGACGGACGCACGCACGCUAGCGAGCCCCAACAUCGUUAUCAUCCUGUGUGGCAACAAGAAGGACCUGGAGGCAGAGCGAGAGGUCACAUUCCUGGAGGCCUCGCGCUUUGCUCAGGAGAACGAGUUGAUGUUCUUGGAGACCAGCGCUCUGACGGGGGAGAAUGUGGAGGAGGGAUUCCUCAAGUGCGCACGCACCAUCCUCAACAAGAUAGACUCAGGUGAGCUGGAUCCAGAGAGGAUGGGCUCAGGCAUCCAGUACGGGGACGCGUCACUGCGGCAGCUGCGACAGCCGAGAGGCAGCACGGCACAGAACAAGCAGCAGUGCAGCUGCUAGGAACGUGGCCCCCCUCCCUUAAAGACCUCCCGUACAGGUCAGUGUUACAGCUCCAGUUGUUUUGGGGUGUCCACACCUCACAGCACCUGGAUGAGUGGAAAUCACUGACCUUCGACCCUCCGGCAAGACUUAUUUAUGCGUGCCGACACACACGGGGAUUGUUCGGUCCUUACCAGAUCGUAGUGGACACGUCUAGGCGCUGUGUAUUCAUCUUUUUUAUUUCAUAUAUGCGCUCCUUGUUCUGGUUUUAUAACAUUUGCACUGCUUUUUGUCCCUAAAUUAUUAUUAUUGCCUUUUUUUUCCCGUCUUUUCAGCAUUUAAAUAUUCACUGUGGCUUUCCAGUGUCCUAAUGCUAACAAAGCAAAUGUUUGGAGGAUGUUUAAGAAGGUGUCUCAUAGCUAAUUCCCACCUCGCCAUCCUAAAUGCACUUUUAGCGGGACUGCUGGCCUUAAUAAAAUGCACAUUGGUGGA